AUGGCAUGCAACGGAACAGUGACUGCGAUCUGCAAUUUUUUCGUGGGCCGAAGACUUCCGGACCUCCGAGCCCGUUGGGCGAGCGAGAAGGCUCGCAGCAACCCGCAAGACCCGCAGCACCCUCUUCUCCCGCAACACCCUCUUCUGCCGCAACACCCUCUUCUGCUCUCCCUUCCAUCGCCGGGCCACCGCCACCGCCGAGCCAGAUCUGAGGUUGCCUUCCGCCUCCCGGACGGCCUGGGCCUCGGCGGCGGCGGCGGCGGCCCCGACGGCGACGCCUUCGACGAGAUCGGCUCCGAGGACGACCUCUUCUCCACCUUCAUGGACAUCGAGAAGAUCUCGUCCUCCGGGCCCUCCAACCGCGACUGCGACCGCGCCGCCGAGACCUCGUCUCCGCCGCGGCAGCUGAGCUCGGCCCCAGGAUUACAGAAUCUCCGAGGUGCGGCGACGGCAGUCAGCGACAUGGAGGCCACAGUGCCCAGCCGUGUUGCGCUCUCCGCGGCGAGCCGCCUCCCGAAUCGCCACGCCAUGGCAGGAGAUAGAUCUUUCAUUUACAAGGGAAGAUGCCAAAGUCUUGCAAUUCCUAUGGCUCUAUCAGCAGCUGCGCCAGGCAAAGGUGGUGUGCUUGAUCGGCCAGUAGAGAAAACUACCCCUGGUCGUCAGUCUGAAUUUGAUGUGAAAUGUGCUGGUGUGGACAUGGCAACCCUGCCAUUUGAGCUUGCGCCAGAAGAAUUGAGUGGUCAAGAAGUAGAUCAACAAAGCAGUAAGCAUACAACUUCAAGGAGUGUGAACGUGAAGAAGUCAUUGCUAGUGAAAUGGAUGUCAUCUGCUGUUAAUGCUCCAAAGCCUCCAACAGAGAAGCGGAGGAAGUCAUCUGCUUCGAACAUGCAAUUUGUGAGGUCCCCGCUACUGAAUAGGAUCGUAGCAUCGCCAAGGAUGCGCCACUCCAGAGCCAAACACCAGAGGUCACCAUGUGCAGGAUUGUCAUCUUCAACCUUACCUGAUGAUACAAGAACGACUGCUUCUCCUAAUCUUGGCAAAGAUGCAGCAUCAAGGAGCGUGAAUAGGAUCAAGUCCAGUUCCAGAACAGAAUCUCUACCAAAAUCUGAAAAGUACAGGCUAUAUAGAAAAUUAAGAAGUUGUCUUGACCUCACUGGACCCAGAGACUACUCGUCACCAGAGGAAAUGGUACAAAAACUAGCAUCAGCUUCUACUGCACUGAGGAGGGUGUUGGAUAAUCCAGCACCCCAGGACUGUCAAGAGAAUAAUGGAUUUGGAGACAUGAUGGAUGAAGAUGUUAUGAACAAUGUUUCAGUUCGCUUGAAGUUAAGCCUUACUGUUUGGGAUUUCACUCUCCCAGUGACACCUUCUUUACCUGCUGUUUUUGGUGUAUCCUGGCAAUAUUCCUUUUUUACUAUGUUCCAUUUCCAUUUCUGUGCAGCAACACAUAAUCAGAACCGCAUAUUAGAAUUAAUGAUUGAAUUGUCAUAUCAGUGUCUUGUUGCAGCUACUAACAAUUCGCAUUUGAGUUGUGGACAUAUGGAUGUGUUCUCAUUUGACUACAUGUUAUAUAUCUGA